AUAAUUCUAUCACUUUUGUCAAAGAAGGUUUGUAAUAAGCAAAGUUGAGUAUAACUCUAGAAUUUUCUGCCAUGUAUGAUGCAGUUGUCACAUGGACAGUGGGUUCUCAGUUCUCAAUUAAAUGCUGAGUGCUCUUGAUAUUCCCAUAGAGAGAGGGACCAGAGGCAUGGAGAAAUGACAAACGUGAGUCUAGUGACAACGUUUAUCCUCACCGGCCUUCCCCAUGCAGCAGAGCUGGACCCGCUCCUCUUUGGAAUCUUCUUGGUGAUUUAUGUCCUCACUGUGGUGGGGAACCUCCUCAUCCUGUUGGUGAUUACGGUGGAUUCCCACCUCCACACCCCCAUGUACUACUUCCUGACCAACCUGUCCUUCAUUGACAUGUGGUUCUCCACGGUCACUGUGCCCAAAAUGCUGAUGACCUUGGUGUCCCCGGGAGGCAGGGCUAUCUCCUUGCACAGCUGCGUGGCCCAGCUCUACUCCUUCCACUUCCUGGGGAGCACCGAAUGUUUCCUCUACACAGUCAUGUCCUUCGACCGCUACCUGGCCAUCAGUUACCCGCUCAGGUACGCCAGCAUGAUGAGUGGGCAAGCGUGCGCCCUCCUGGCCACAGCCACGUGGCUCAGCGGCUCUCUGCACUCUGCUGUCCAGACCACACUGACAUUCCGCUUGCCCUACUGUGGACCCAGCCGGAUCCAGCAUUACUUCUGCGAUGCACCGCCCAUCCUCAAACUAGCCUGCGCAGACACCUCCACCAACGAGAUGGUGAUCUUUGUCAACAUCGGAGUAGUGGCCUCAGGCUGCUUUCUCCUGAUAGCGCUGUCCUACGUGUCCAUCGUCUGCUCCAUCCUGAAGAUCCGCACCUCACAGGGGAGACACAGAGCCUUUCAGACCUGUGCCUCCCACUGCAUUGUGGUCCUUUGUUUCUUUGUUCCCUGUGUUUUCAUUUACCUGAGGCCAGGUUCCAAGGAUGCUGUGGAUGGGAUUGUGGCAGUUUUCUACACUGUCCUGACCCCGCUUCUGAACCCUGUGGUGUACACCCUGAGGAACAAGGAAGUGAGGAAAGCUCUGUUGAAGCUUAAAGACAGAGUAGUGUAUUCUCAUAGCAAAUAA